GGAGCUCCAGCUUAGCCCAGAAGGUUUCACCCAGCAGCCGAGCAACGUACCCAACCCUCAGCCAGACAUCAUGGUGCACUGGACCGCGGAAGAGAAGGAGCUCAUUGCCCACAUCUGGGGCAAAUGCGACAUCGGCGUGAUUGGGGCCGAGUCCCUUGGCGGCUUGCUGGUAGUGUACCCCUGGUGCCAGAGGCUCUUUGCUCACUUUGGCAACCUCUCCAGCCCGGCCGCCAUCAUGGGCAACCCCAGGGUCAAGGCACACGGCAAGAAGGUCCUGGGAUCCUUCACAGACGCCAUCAAGAACCCCGAGAAGGUCAAGGAGAACUUUGCCAAGCUGAGCGAGCUGCACUGCAACAAGCUCCACGUGGACCCCGAGAACUUCAAGCUCCUGGGCAACAUCCUCAUCAUCGUCUUGGCCUCCCACUUCGGGAAGGAGUUCACUCCGUCCGCCCACGCCGCCUUCCAGAAGCUCAGCAACGUGGUGGCGCACGCCCUGACCCGCCAGUACCACUGAGCGACCCUCAAGCAGGAGGUGCUGCCUCGCGGCCGCCCAGUCGCAGACGCCACCAGCGCCUUCCCUCGCGGGGGAACCCCCUGCCAGCCACUAGCUAAUAAACGUCACUCCCUGCAAGACGA